AUGAGUACAACAGAGUCAAUCAUCAUCAAAGAUCUGAUUAUGGAGGAAAAUAGUUGCUAUGCUCUGAAUGGAGGACAGUAUCAUUUCCUCAAGAAUACUGUGAGAAGGAUGGACAGGACACUUAAAUAUGGUUGUAAUAUUUCCAAACGCAUUGAACAAAAACCAGGGGUAACUGAGGUGGCCUUAACAUAUGCUUCAAAUCUUGGCAAAAAUAUCUCAUGCUUAAAGGCCAUUGGUCCCAAAAAAGAUUACUGCAAGAGUAUAAUAUGUUUAUCGGUAGAUAUCAAAGCAUUCUAUGAAGGUCUUCCAAAAGAGUUGGUAGAGCUUCACUUGAAACUGAUGAGGAAGAUUGGAAAAUCUGUCACAGCAGACAGAUGGGAAAAAUACUUGAUCAAGAUAUGCCAAGAAUUCAACAGUACUUGGGCAUGGGAGAUGGAGAAGAAAGGGUACCUGGAAAUGAGUGUUGAAUGCAAAUUGGGAAUUCUGAAGUACCUCUGUGAGUGUCAGUUUGAUGACAAUCUAAAAUUUAAGAAUAUCAUUAAUGAAGAGGAUGCUGAUGCUAUGCGUCUACAGCCAAUUGGUCGAGACAAGGAUGGUCUAAUGUAUUGGUACCAGCUGGAUCAAGAACAUAAUGUGAGAAUGUAUGUAGAAGAACAGGAUGACCAGGAUGGGUCUUCUUGGAAAUGCAUUGUCAGAAGCCGAAAUGAGCUGGCUGAGACACUUGAGCUUUUGAAAGCACAAAUAGAUCCUGCACUGUUGAAAAACAACAACCAGCAGGACAGCUCAUCACGUGAAAGCCCUAGCUUAGAAGAUGAAGACAGCAAAAAGGAGGAAGAAAUAUCUCCACAAGAAAAUGAAUUAAAAAUAAAAGAAGAAAAGGAGACAGUGGAGAAACAGUCAAAGCAAUUGGAAACCCUUCCUCUACCUACAGUCCCAGCAGAUGAAAACAUAAUGAAAACGGAAAAAAUGGAAGAAAAGGAAAUUAUAAAACUGCCAGUAAUAGUAAAGCUUGAAAAACCUUCAGAAAACAAUGAGGAAAAGCACAUCAUCAAAGAAGAAAGUGACUCAUUUAAAGAAAAUGUCAAACCUGUUAAAGUAGAAGUGAAGGAAAAUAAAGUAGAGCCAAAAGAUUUAAAAGAAGUAAAAAGCAGCACAGAUAAAAUAACAGCUCAUGAACCUGAGAGAUUAGAGUUUUGUGUCAAUGCCAAAAUCCCCCAAGAAGUUGUGGAGAAAUCUGUAGAAGAAAAUGAGAAACUUAAAAAUGACCAACAGGCAAAGAUACCACUGAAAAAGCGAGAGCUCAAGCUGACAGAUGACUAUGACAGUCCAAUAAAGGGGUCCUUGUGUAAAUGUGCAACUCCAACAAAGGAUGUCUUGAAAGAGGAAGGAAAACUAGAAGAGGAGGCUUUUAAACGAGUCCCUACAAUCACUGCUUUAUGUCCUGAUGGGAAAUUGCUAGUAAAUGGGGAGGUUAGUAGUGAAAAAGUUGCCCAAAAUGUCACCCAAAAUAGUAAGUCGGAACAUUCCAUUAGCACAAAGGAAGACAGCAGCAGCUCAUUGAAAGAGAAAAAUGGUAUAAGUGGGGGGAAAAUAUCAGACUCUUUGAACUCUGUUAGCAAAAUUGUGAAAACAUGUGAAGAUGACAAAAAUGUGCCUACAGAUAAAGAGGUAGUUGCUACAGUCUCUGAGGUUUCUUAUCAGAAAGUGCCUUUAAAGGAGGGAUCUGGUCCCACCGACAAAGAGUCCCUCAAUAGUAUGACUUCUGAAGUAGCAAUGGAGGACUCUUGGAAAACAGAAGACUGUUCCAAGAAACCUGAAGAGAAAUUUGCAUUGAAAACUAGAAAGGACAGACGGCUACCACUCAAAGAAUGUUUAGAAAAGCUGGAAAAGUCCAUGAAGACUUCCGCUCCUAAGGAGCCACCCAAACAUGAUAUAACAGAUGAAGAGGGUUUGAAAAGUAAAAAUGAACUGGAGAAAAAAUCAGACUCUCCAAAAGCACCUGAAACCCCUCCGUCAUCUAUUCCUCCUGUUCCUUCUGAGAAGUCUGUUUCAGAAAAAGAGGACUCAGAUUCCAAAAGCAUACUUCCUAAUGAAAGCAAAGUACAGGAAGGAUCAUACUCAGAAAAACAAAAGGAGGAGUUUGAAGCUGUCCAGACAGAACCAGAUAAACCAGGUAAAGCCCAAAUCUCUAAUGCAGAUGAGUGUUCAGAGACUAAUAAGGAAUCUGCAGUACAGAAAAACAAAUUUAAAUAUAAACUGGUUUCUGAAGAGAACAUCUGUGUAACAGAUAACAAGGAAAUAACCUCUGAGAGGCAGAAAGAAGGGAUCAAGUUAACCAUCAGAAUCUCCAAUAAAAAGAAGAAGCCUGAUCCACCUCCCAAGACUCAAGACACUGAGCAGAAGGAAGAGGAGGAAGUCAGUGUUGGUCGCACUUUAAGGAGGUCUCCAAGAAUAUCUAAACCUACUCCAAAAGUGGUAGAAACUCGGGAUCAGAAACCUGACAAAAAACGAGUUGAAGAAGAGGAGGAGAAACUGUCAGCGCUGCAAAAACAGGACCGAAGAGAGGAUGUGAAAAAACAAGAGAAGGAAUCCAAUUCUAAAGUGAGCAAGGUCACACAGAGAAGCAAAGUGAGGUGGACAGGCACGCGAACACGUGGCAGGUGGAGAUACUCAAGUAACGAAGAGAGCGAGGAGUCUGAGAGUGAAGAGAAAUCUGAGGAGGAAUCUGAGGAAGAGCAGCAAGAGGAAGAAGAGGAACCUGCACCUGCUGAUGAUGAUGAACCAUGCAAGAAGUGUGGCCUUCCCAAUCAUCCUGAGCUAAUUCUGUUGUGUGACUCUUGUGACAGUGGAUACCACACAGCCUGCCUUCGCCCCCCAUUGAUGAUAAUCCCAGAUGGAGAAUGGUUUUGCCCACCAUGCCAACAUAAAUUACUCUGUGAGAAGUUAGAAGAACAGUUGCAAGAGCUGGAUGUUGUAUUGAAAAAGAAGGAGCGGGCAGAGCGAAGGAAAGAGCGAUUGGUGUAUGUGGGCAUCAGCAUCGAGAACAUCAUCCCACCACAAGAGCCAGAAAUACCAGAAGGUCUGGAAGAAAAGAAGAAAGAUUCCAAAAAGUCAAAAUCAAAACUGCUCGAAAGGCGGUCUACUAGAACACGGAAAUGCAUAAGUUAUAGAUUUGAUGAAUUUGAUGAGGCAAUUGAUGAAGCAAUAGAAGAUGAUAUCAAAGAGGCUGAUGGAGGAGGUGGUGGCAGAGGCAAAGACAUGUCUAAUAUCACAGGUCACCGUGGAAAAGACAUUUCCACCAUCCUAGAGGAAGAAAGGAAAGAAAAUAAGCGCCCACAAAGAGCUGCUGCAGCACGUCGCAAGAAACGACGGCGACUGAAUGAUCUUGAUAGUGAUAGUAAUCUGGAUGAGGAAGAGAGUGAGGAUGAGUUCAGAAUCAGCGACGGAUCUCAGGAUGAGUUUGUUGUCUCAGAGGAGAACCCGGAUGAAAGUGAAGAUGAUCAGCUAUCAAACGAAGACAGUGAUACCGAGUUCUGUUCCCGUAGACCCAGGCGACACUAUGCUAGGCCAAUGAGACAAAGCAGGCGGUUACGAAGAAAAACAGUCAAGAAAAAAUAUUCAGAGGAUGAUGAAGAGGAGGACUCUGAGGACAAUUUAAGUAGGGAGUCUGAAAGUGGUGACUACACAGAUUACAGUGAUGAUGAUUAUCUGGAAACUAGGAGGAGAAGAUCAAGGCGGAAUCAGAAAAGACAGGUUAACUAUAAGGAGGAUUCAGAAAGUGAUGCCUCACAGAAAAGUGUUCGAUAUGGAAAGGAGCUAAGACGACUUCAUAAACGCAGGCUUCCCAGUUCAGACAGUGAAGAGAGCUACAUGUCCAAGAACUCUGAAGAUGAUGAACCAGCAAAGGAUUCAAAGCGGUCUAUUCAAAAACGUAGCCGAAGUACAGAUGAAUACUCAGAAGGAGAAGAGGAAGGGGACAAACCAGAGGAGGGAAGACCCGUCCGAAAACGGCUGAAUCGAAUUGAAACAGACGAUGAAGAUAACUGUGACAAUGCGAACAAAGAUGUAGAAAAGCCUGCACCUGCAAAUAAGCCGUCAGCACCCCAUGUUCCUCAUGACAGCACCAAGAAGUCGUGCUACCGGAUAGAAAGUGAUGAUGAAGAUGACUUUGAUAACUACAGCCUAGUGGACUUGCCUUCCACCAAUGGACAGAGCCCAGGUAAAACUAUUGAGACCUUGAUUGGUAAACCAAGUGAGAAGACUCAAGCCCCCAAGGACAGCACAGCCAAUGCCAGUCUGGCACCCAAUGGGACAGGGGGUGGUCAGGAAGUAGCAGGGCCAGAGGAAGAGGAGGAUGAACUUUUGAGAGUGACUGACCUUGUUGAUUAUGUCUGUAACAGUGAACAGUUAUAAGACUUUCUUCCAUUUUUGUGCUAAUUUAUUCCACGGUAGCUCAUACCAGCGGGCCAGUUAUUAAAAGCUGUUUUAUUUUUCCUAGAAGACUCUCCACUACAGUAUCACUUUUUAGAAGCAAGAAUUUCACCAGUUCUGUAGUCUUUCUGUGAAGUGACCAGUUUUGAACUUUGAAGAUAAAUUGCUGUAAAUUCCCUAUUCAUUUUUUUCUCUCCUUCCAUGUCCAUGGUCCUGGGUAAUUUCAUUCACAAAAACCUUAUAACAACAAGAGAUUUGUAUAUUUUUGACUUUAUAUUUCCUGAAAGAAAACAAAUUUGUCGAAAUGUGUGGCCUAUGAAAGCAUUCCAAAUCAGUCAGGGCCCAAAACGUAACUAGGGCAGGGGAAGGGGGAGGUGGGAAUGAGGGCGUGUGUGCAGAAGCACUUGUGCUUUAGCUUUUUCAUAUGAGAUAUAUAUUAUAUUUAAAUGUUCACAACUUAGAUUACAAUUUAACAGUUUAAAAAUUAAUGUCUCUACUGUUGCAUUUUGUGAGUUGUAGGUUAACAUACAUAGCUCAUUUUAGUAGCCAUCUUCAUGAAAGCAGUUUGAUUUAAGACUGGAGAUAACCACAGUAAAUAAAAAGGCCCAGAAAGUACAAUAAACAAGAACUCUAGUAUCCAUUUUGGUUUGCAGAGUUUCCUGAUAAACAUCCUUUAAAGUGUUUGUACAGUGAAGUGUACUGUAAUGAAGUUUUGACAGUUGAAAUAUACUACCAAUGAAUUUAUAAAACAGUUUUUUAUGAAUAUUUCAUCAGAUGGCCUUUAAUGUACAGUAUCUGGUGGGAGGGAAAUCUUGGUGUGAAAUUAGUUUGUAAAUUGGAUGAUACCACGUGAAUGCUGUAAAAUUUCACAGAUGCCAGAACUGUAUAAAGUAACUUCCUGGCCCUUUGAGUUUGAAACCAUCUAUCAGAGUAUUUUGAAAGGAAUAUGUUUGUACAUACUGCAUCGACCACAGAAUUUCAGCACAUCUGAUGAUGGAGGGAUUUUCAAAUAAACCUUGACUGGUCCAUUCAUGCCCCUAAUAUCUACUUCAAAUUGAAGUAAACAAAUGGAGCAGUUUUCUUUUUGGAGGUUUUCUGUUUUGGAUUUGUGUGUUUCUGUUUUGAUUUACUUAUUUGCCUGGAUGUAUUAGCAGGUUUUGAAUGUAGUGUUGGCCUUUGGCCAUUAGAAUUUUCUUAAAAUACAUUUGAAUAGUUGUUAUGUGACCAACUGAUUUCAAGAGGGCAGUAUUUCUGGGAUAAAAUGCUAGAUGCCAAGACAACAUCUCAUUACUUUGAGUGGCAUGUACUUUAGCUUGAGUAUACAGAUUUUAUAACUGUUUAUUUGGCACAUAAUAGACAGUGAAGCUGAAGUUUAUUUCAGGUAGCACUCAGUUUUCUCUUCGCUGUUAAUUAAGAUGCAGAUUGUAAAGUUUAUACAUUAUAGCCCAUAACUAAAACAUAGCUGCCAAAUGUUGAAAUCUGAUACGGUCACAUCUAUUAAUCCUUUUGUGCUGAGAUUUGGAUUUUUCUCCCCUGGUGUUCUGUCCAUUGCCGGCAAUGGAUGCACCAAAUUUGCUGCUCGCACCAUGGAGUUAAUUCUCCUUCCUACCCUCACCCCCAGCUCCUCCAGGUCGUAUUGACUAGUCAGUCAGUAGUUAAGCACUUCUGUUUCACUGUAAUAAAGCUGGCAUUAGGCCUUUACUAAAUACCUCUCUAGAAAACCUAGAUCCAAAAAACCAUACCUUUUGGCCUUGAAAAUCUUUAUUCUUGUUUCCCUCCCCUUCCGCCCUCCCUCCCCCAACCAUCCAUGUAAGUUCUGUAGAAUCGACUGCAUUAAUGUAAUUUCAUUGGGAUUCUAGCAGUUCAUAUAUCCUCAUGUAUAAAACUAGAACUAUCAAAGAUGCAAAAGGUUAGGACACAGUCAUCAUUUGCUAUGGUAAUCAAGGUUUGUGACUUAAAAUAUGAGAAAGAAUUCAUUCUUUCCAAAUGAGUUUAUUCCAUUUGAAUUUAAAAAAAAUAAUUUCUGCCAUGUCAAUUGAUAGAUAACAGGUUUCAUUAACAGAUGUUUAAACAGGGUAGUGCAAACAGCCACAAAAGUUUAGAAAGUGUUCUUAAAAGUAUAUGUAGCAUUUUAAGCUACUAUAGGUGUUUUUUUCUUUUGCUUAGGUGAUGCAUCAGUGUAGUGCUGCUACAUUUCUAAUAUACUUGUGUUUAAAAUUAGUGACACGUGGCUCCCAUUUUUCAGUGUUAGUAAUUGUUGUGCAUUUUUAAUAUUUGCAAUGCAAGCUGUCUGAAACACAUAUAGCAAUACUCUGUACAGCCAGGACUUCUGUUUUGUUUGGACAGUGCCAUAACCCUUUUACUGUCUGUCUUAGCCUUUUAGUAUCUGGAAAGUGCUAUAGCAAACACUCUUGCUGCAGCAUCAACUCUAAAUUAUAGACAUUUAAUGGGCAAUUAAAUUCAAUGUAAGAAAAAUACAAAAGAGUUGGAAGUAGUGAAUACACCAAUCGUGGACACAAUCAAAUAUUAUGUCUUAAUUGUGGGAAUGAUGUAAAAGCAAACAACGUCAUAAAGCCCAGUCAGAAGACUGGAAUAUAUAAUCCAGGUACCGUCAGUUCUAUAAAUACAUCCGUGACUUUGACACUGCUACAGAGCAUUACUUCCUGUAUGUCAGUUUUGUCAAUUCACUUUCUAUUUGAUUAAGAAAAAGUCAUUUCUGAUGUUAAGGUCAUCCCAAAGAUUCCAAGCCUGAAGCCCUUACACAGGCAAAGCUCCCUUUUAUAUCAAUGGGAACCCUAUCUGAGUAAGGACUGCAUCAUUUGGCCCAAAGAGAGGACAUAUAUUUUCAGCCUCUUCCCAAUCCCUAGUUUGAAGAUACUCUGCUUGAUGGGAAAUGUGUAGUAUCUUAUUUGGAAAAUGGCACUUCUUGAUAAGAGCCCAGGUGACCCCCUAGUCAAAUGGGAAGACUGUUUUCAUUAGUCCACACUACAGAAAUAUCCUCCAGUUCAUUUGGAGUCAUUCACAGAUUGUGUUCUACUGUAAUUUUGGUUAGGAAUGAAGAGCGAUGUUUUUGGAUUAUGUCAAUGUUCACAAUGAAUACCAAUCUUCAGAUGUUGCUAAAGUCAAUAAGCAAAAGAUCAAAUAAUUUUAGAAACAAAAUGGAGACAGGCCUUGGGUUAUUUAACAUAAAUGUUUCAGCUGGAAAAGAAUAAGCAGAUAGCAGUCCUGUAGGUAAGGAUUUGAUCGCACAAGCAGCUACUCAUCAGGUUGUGACGAAAUGUUAUAUUGCAGAUUUUUAAGUUGAACAUUAGUUACUACAGAACCCAUUGGGAAGAAAGUCAAUUAAGUGCAGUUCAGAUUUUAAGCAGGAUCGGAAAAAGGAGGAAACUACAAGUUUAGGGAGUAAAAUGAGGGAUGGAAAUUUCUAAUUCCUUUCACAAAGAGAAGAGGGACAUUAGCUGGCUUGCUAACCAUUUGCAUGAGCAUUGGUAUCAUAAGUGUACAGUAAAUACACUUCACACUUAAAUGGAUGUGAUGGAUUACAUUAACAAGCCUGUAAUAUAGUAAGAACUUCAACAUGGUUGUUUUUGUCAUCUUUGAUUCUUCUAAACGAGUGUAUUCCUGGUUUUUAAAAAAACAGAUAUAGUAGACAGUUUGUCUCUUUAAUUACAAAUACAGGAAGAUCAAUACUAAACAGUGAACUCUUUGAGUUUUGAUAGUUUAUUCAGAGUUGUGCACAUUAAAUUAUAUGAACACACAAACACCUCUUUUCUCUAUCUAAAGGCUUCUGCAUUUUAAUUGCACUUCAGAGGAAGAGUGAUUUUUUUUUUUACCCCAUAUUGUAUGUUUAUAAGAUAGUCACCUUUUUUAAGAUUAUCCCUUUGGUUUAAGGUGUUCAGUUGCUCUUCAAGGCAACAUGAAUGUUCAUAAAAGAAAAAAAACUUCGCAUGGUAGUCCAUUUGUUCUAAUUUGUCUUAGGCUCUUGAACUGUGUGGAUAUCCAAAUGCUAUAGUAAUUCAAUAAUUCUAAAAGUCAGGGUGUCCAAACAGAUCUCUGUUUUCAGACAUUUCUAAUUUGACACUGAGAGCUCUUUGGUUUGAAGACUUGGCUCAACAGUAAUAUUUAAACAUUGCUUCCAGUCACACACUUUCACAAACUAGCUUUCUUAAAAGUAAACAAGGUAAAGGCACUUGGGUUUUUAAAAUCCCCUUUGUGUACAAUAAUUAGAUCGUAUUUGGCAGUAAUGCUAGCUCCAAAAUGGUCUGAGCAAGAUAUUUGUGUCACCUGGCUCAAAAUGGCAACCUUUAAGCCUCAAAAAAGUGAUUGUGGCACAUGUGCAGUGACUACUGUCCACAGGUUUGUAUUGUAGCUUUUAAUGCACAGGAUGCAUCCUACAGGCAUAUUUACUUAAGAAGAACACUUCUGGCCCAUUGGGUAAAUAAAACCUUUAAAAGUUGUAUAUAAAUAAAUAUUAAAUCAUUUAAGCGGAUGCAUAUCUUUACUGAAGAAAAAUAUACUGGAUGGAAGGGAAAAGAAAGAAAGUUCAUGUUAAAUAGCCCUGAUCUGCAAGUCCUUACACAGAAGUGCAUCUAUGAAAAUCAUUAAGACUGCUCUAAUGAAUAAAGAUGUGUAGGAUUAGGCCUAUAAUUCUUGACGCAUCGUAGGAACUCCUAGCUGCCAGUCUUAGCUUUUGUCUUUCACCCUUCACCUGAGUUAGGGGUGGAAUGUUGCUUUUAACUGGUUUGGAAUUCAGGAAACACAGAGUGAGUAGAGAGGCCUUCAUUUUAGUUGAACUAAUGUUUGCAAUAUGUACGGACCUAAUUUUUCAAAAAUAGCUAAUGAUUAUGGAUGCUUUCAUGUUUGGGUAUCCAGUCUGAGACAUAUUAAAGCAGUGCACUUUUUGAGAAACAGCAGAACGCUCACUCAUGGAAAAUAAGGCGCCUUGGAGAUGUCUCCCAUUGGACAACCAAAAAUUGAGACCCUAAAAAUCAUUAGUUCCUUUUGAAAAUUGUCAUCUAUUAAGCUCUUUAUUAUAGCAUCAGCAUAACUGCCUGUUUGAAUAACGGAACACCAAACAACAGAAAACCAACUUGCUUGGGAAUUGAAUACUUACCCAAAGCUUGAGAGUAAUUUAACUUAUUUGUACAUUCCAAAAGAUUUAUAUUGCAUAGAACAACACUUAAGUUAUGUACAGUUUCUGAAGGAAAGAAUUGAACACUGUAAAGUAGGUAAUAGGUUUUUUACAAUUGAGAAUGUAGUAUAAAGACUCCAGACACAAUUACAAGUAUAAAAAGUCUGACAACUUUGAUUUUUAGCAAUCUAACUGCUUGCACCCUGAACCUGUUCUCAUGAGCAGUAGAAACUCAGGGAAUACAGGCAGAGGAUACACAUUGCUUAAUAAUGGUACUUGUGGCUGUAUAUAUGUCUGUGAUUGCUACAAAUAACCCCAAAGGUUACUAAGUAGAGCUGAGAAAUCAGAGAGGGAAAGUGUUGCUCUGUUUUUUCCAAUUUUUUACUUUGUGCACUGGAUAGCACUUUGUGUAUAGUCAGCCUCACUGGUUCCCAGGGCUAGUCAGAAAUUGUUUCCCCCGUUGUGCUGAGUGGAUCAUUCAAAUGGUAGUGCAGAGCAGGAAGAAAAAAAUCAUGACCUUUUGCAGAAGUGGGUUCAGACAAGCACGGUGCUGAAACAACUUGUAAUUCACUCUUUACAAAUUGACUAGAUUUCAAAUUGACUGUGCCCCUUUAAGAGACUGAGGCUGACACCCUCUUGACCUAUCCCCACAGCUGCAUAAAAAUCUGUGUGUUUGCAAAGGUGGUUUCCUACAAGGAAUGAAUGAGUGUUGGAGGGCAGGUGUGGAUGUGGGUUUUUUGGAGCAAUACAUUAAAUAUUAUAACAUGGCUUGGCUUUGGCACAAUCUGAUGGAGGCCACUGUGCAUGCUUAUCCUUAUGACCCAAGCAACUACACUGAUUUUUAAUAUUUACCUUAGCCUAUUAAGACAUAACAAGUUGCAAUCAUGUUGGUCCCAGGAUAUGAGAAAUUUUGGGUGAGGUAAUAUCUCUUAUUGGACCAACUUCUAUUGAUGGAAGGUACAAGCUUUCAAACUACACAGAACUCUUGGCUAUGUCUGGGGAAGGAGGCACAGUAUCUAAAUACAAGUCAAAAGUUCCACAUUUUAGCUCAGGCACACUGGUUCCAUCUCCAGACCUGAAGAAGAGCUCUGCAUAGCUUGAAAGUGUGUACCUUCUACCAACAGCAGUUGACUGAAUGAAAGGUACUACCUCACCUUGACUCUCAGAAUUUAACAAAUCUUUCUAAAGGGAAAAAGCUCUUUUAUUGAAAGCUGUAAUUAACCUAGUGCUGGCACACCAUUUAUUAGCGAGAUGAGUAUAAGGUCCUGCUACUAAAGUUAAUGUAGUAGAAAAGGAAAUAAAAUCUUUUGCUUUUAAUUUUAUACUCAUUAUAUUGUCUUAUUCUUACAGUACAUUCAUUAAAAUAGUAUUUUACCCUAACUUGCAUUAAUUUUUUAAAUGCCAUUGAUUGUUAAUUUCUUGUUUCACAGCCCUCUUUUAUAAUAUGCUAGUUGACAGAUUUGAAAAAUGUAAUGUCACUAUUUUAGUGUAUAAUGGCUGUCGAAUGGGCACGCUUUGUGUGUUUAUACCUGAUGUCCAUGUCUCUAUCCACAGUUCCAGUAAGUGUAGUACAGUUUAGUUGCUAGCAGAAUGGUUGUUCCAAUACUCCAAUGUGAGAAUUAUGUCAAAACUCCCAAAUACGGUCUCUCAAACUUAAAGAUAUGCUUACAUGUGCUGUUUGAAUGUUUGCAAAGAAACCUACAGUUCCUUAAAGUUUCUCAAAUUCACUGAUGGCCUCAUUUUUGUUUUAUCUUUUUCUUAAGAGGUGACAUGGUAAAUUUCCAAAAGCUUAGCAGUUCUUUGUAGAGCUUAACCAAUGCUUUGCUUGAGUCCCGAACCUUGAUUUUUAAAUCUUUCUCUGAAAUCAUGACUUGCUACAUUUUGAGGAGAGUGGACUAUAGGGCACAUACACUGUAUGUGUUGUGUCUGUGUGUGGAGGGGGGAAAAUAUGUUUUUAAAAAACUGGAAGUGUAAAUCCUGUUGCACAUAAAUUGGGUGAUGCUUUCACUGUUAUGUUUCCCACCAGUAAUUUCACCUGCAUGUAAAACCUAAUACAUUAAAAACUUUAAAACUAAAGUUGUGGUGGUCUCAGUGCUCAAAGGGGUUAACUGCAGUUUAAUAACUGCUGAUGUUUUUAGAUUUGCAGUACACAACUGUUUAAAUACUGUAUUCCUUGUAAAUGAAGUAAAAAAAUGUUAAGGCUGGUGCCAAUAUUUUUGUUAAUGAAAUGUUCAUUGUUGUCUCUCACUACAGUCUGGUCAGAACUCUUUGUGUAUAAGCUAGGCCUGAAGCCAUUUUAUAGCUUAUAGGCCUAAUUGUGUAACUUUUUCUUUCAUAAUGUUUUGUUAUAAUAUCUACUGUUGUUUCUUUCAUAUAAAUAUGACAUGUAAAUUGUCAUAAUAAAAAAUUAAAUAACUUGA